GAUCACACCCGGUCGCCGUGCAGGCAGGCCGACGAUAGCUAAAGUAUCAGCCGCGUGCGAUGUCGUAUGCGUGACUCCGCGAAUUUCUCUCGAUGCAAGUGAGUGUCCAUCCGAAUUGAUCAAAACCGACUGAAACAUGGCAAGCUGCAGGCUGUUCGGCGCCCUUGCACGCUGCUCCCGCAGCAACGCGAGUUUCGUAACACGAACAGGUUUAUACCAACCUUUAAGAACAAUGGUAAGCGGGGCAGAUAGGAAACAUUUUAAAUGCAAAAAUGUAAACGACGUAGCAGUUAUUACAAUAGAUUCGCCAGGUGUUAAGGUAAACACUUUAAGUAAAGAACUGAUGGCGGAAGUGGAAGGGCUGCUGAAUGAAAUUCAAUCAGAUCCGGCAGUGAACUCAGCAGUAAUCAUCAGCGGGAAACCAGGCAAUUUCAUAGCCGGCGCAGAUAUUACUAUGUUGCAAGCCGUUAAGGAUGAAGAGAGCGGUUAUGAACUGAUGAAGGAUGGUCAUAGAAUUUUUGAUAAAAUAGCAAAUAGUAGCAAACCGAUUGUUGCUGCUAUUAACGGCACGUGUCUCGGUGGAGGUUUGGAGGUCGCCUUGGCAUGCCAUUACAGACUCGCUGUUAACAAUAAUCAGACGAAAUUAGGGCUGCCGGAGGUGAUGCUCGGUCUUCUUCCCGGCGGCGGCGGCACGCAGCGCCUACCCAAGCUGACAGCUCUUCCCACUGCUCUGGAUAUGAUACUUACUGGUAAAACGCUCAAGGCCGACAGGGCGAAGAGACUCGGGCUGGUGGAUAUCGUGGUCAACCGUCUCGGUCCGGGCGCUGGCACAGCGGAAGAAAACACGAUGCGAUACUUGGAGGAAACCGCGAUAAAGGCCGCGCGCGAUAUCGCAGCCGGGAAACUGAAAGUCGAGCGUGGCCCGAAAUCUUUCGUGGAUAAGAUAACGCAGCACGUUCUGUCCUACAAUUUCGUCAAAGAUCAAAUAUUCAAGAAGGCGAGGGCCCAAGUGAUGAAAAUGACGGGCGGCCUGUACCCGGCGCCGCUCAAGAUCCUGGAAGUAAUCAGGACCGGUCUGGACAAGGGGCCUGCGGCCGGAUUCGACGCCGAGGCUAAAGGAUUCGCUCAGCUGGUGGUGACGCCGGAGUGCAAGGGUCUCACCAGUCUGUUCUUCGGCCAGACAGCCUGCAAGAAGAAUCGCUUCGGCUCGGCCAAGAGCGCAGCCAAGAAAAUUGCCGUUGUUGGCGCCGGCUUGAUGGGCGCGGGCAUCGUCCAGGUGAGCAUCGACAAAGGUUACAACAUCGUUAUGAAGGACACCAAUGAGGCUGGAUUGUAUCGUGGUGUAAGCCAGAUUCAGAAGGGCCUGGAGGGCGCCGUGAAGCGCAAACGAAUCUCCAACAUCGAAAAGGACAAAUAUCUCUCUCAUCUCGACGCAACGUUGAAAUACGAUUCCUUCAAAGACGCGGACGUGGUGAUUGAGGCGGUGUUCGAGGACAUCAAUAUUAAGCACAAGGUUCUGAAGGAGAUCGAAGCCGUAGUGCCGAAUCACUGCGUCAUCGCGACCAACACGUCCGCGAUUCCCAUUACGAAGGUCGCUGCUGGUAGCAGCCGUCCUGAUAAGGUGAUCGGCAUGCACUACUUCUCUCCCGUCGACAAGAUGCAACUGUUAGAAAUUAUAACUCACAAAGGAACGUCCGAGGAAACCAUCAAGACUGCAGUGGACGUUGGUCUGAAGCAGGGCAAAACUGUCAUUACAGUCGGCGAUGGUCCCGGAUUUUACACCACGAGAAUACUUUCCACGAUGUUGUCGGAAGCGAUUAGAUUGCUGCAGGAAGGCGUGGACCCGGUGCAGCUGGACAAGCUGACAAAGAAAUUUGGUUUCCCCGUCGGCGCGGCUACUCUGUCCGACGAAGUCGGCAUCGACGUAGGUGCUCACAUCAGCAGCGACCUCGCCAAAGCUUUCGGCGAACGCUUUAAGGGAGGAAACGUGAACAUUCUCGGCGACAUGGUCAAAGCUGGCUUCCUCGGACGCAAGUCCGGCAAGGGUAUAUUCGUGUACGAAACCGGGUCCAAGAAUAGAGACGUGAAUGUCGACGCGUUAGAAAUUCUGAAAAAGUAUAAACUCGAACCUAAGGGCAGCACGUCCGACGAGGAUCGUCAGUUGAGAAUGGUCUCGCGGUUUGUUAACGAAGCUGUACUCUGCUUGGAGGAAAAUAUUCUAGCCAAUCCCUUGGAAGGCGACGUCGGAGCUGUAUUCGGCCUGGGUUUCCCGCCAUUCACGGGUGGUCCAUUCCGCUGGCUGGAUGCGUACGGUGCCCAUCGACUCGUCAAGAAGAUGGAGGAGUUCCGAAGUCACUACGGCGAAACAUAUAAACCAUGCCAGUUGUUGCUCGACGUAGCAGCAGAUUCUAAACGAAAAUUCCACUCGAAGUAAAAGUUCAUAGGAGUCCAUCAUCGGUAAAAUAUCUUCACAUUGAUCGAUAUUCACCUGAAAGUUAUAUCUGUUCGCUUCGGGAUCGAAAAGCAUCUCGAAAUAGGUGCAAGGAUUAAUUCCUUCCAUGAUCCUGAAGUCCAAUUUUGAAUUCGCAUCUGCUACAUCUCGUGAGAGUUGAUUUAUUUCCAAUAAUCUGUUUUCUAGUUCUAGAAAGCUUUAAGAAUUAAUAGUUAGAUUAUUAAAAUAAUAUCCUCAAAUAACUUUUUAUUUCCUUUUUGGUUAUUAAACUUAAAAAGGCAGGAUAAACUUAAUUAGUAUAUUUUUAAAUAUUUCUUGGAUAUAUUUCGACAUAUCUAUCAGAGAAAAGCUUGAAACUUUUAGAUAAAAGUAUUAGAGGUCAAUGCAGAAUUUUCUGCGCAAGUUUAUCCGUGCGAGAUAUAGUAGAAUGUGAUUUCACAUGUGCAAAUGAGAGGGGCUGAUGCGUGGUCACGCAUAAUGCGCACUGACGUGACUGUCUAUAGUACUAUAUAUAUUUUUGGACUUGGGAUUUACACAGUCCGUUCAGCGAUUUUCCGCGAACAUUGUAGAUAGAUUCGUGCAUUUAUUAUUUUUGAGAGUUUUAUACCCCCAAAUGUUUGAUACUUUUACACGUAUAUACCAUCCUAUUGUUAAUUAAGCAAAAUCAUAUAUAUAAUGAUUGUACAUUUAUUUUGCAAAAUUUAACAGAAAUAAAAAUUACUAUAUAUUGAAUUUAUACGCUGUUUUUGAAUAACGUUCGAGCGAUUCUCUGUCACUUAUCAAUCUAUAUUGUCUGUUAUAAGCAAAUGAAAGCAUAAUUAUGAUCUACUUUUUAUUUAUUAAUUUGUAACUUUUUAGUAAUUUGAUAUUUUUCUAAUCGAUUUAUAAUUACGACAUAUGUGGGAAUUAUUGCGUUUUUACGCUUUAUGACACAAACGUAUUAAUUUUACAAAAAAAGCUAACAAAAACCAGUCCAGUAAUUAAUAUUUUCCUCUGGAAUCGCAUAAAAAACGUAAUAUAGAAAUGGAAAUAUUUUGCUUGAUGCAACAGUCGAGAAAUGUUGCACUCUUGUUUGUGCAGAUAUCGUGCCUUUCAAUCGAGGCCGACAAUGAAACAAAUAAACUUAAAUACAUGUUUUACGUUUAA